AUGUCGAACGAGCCCUCGCAGCUGAACGGCAACAUCAAGAGCACGAUUGGCACGCUCGAGGAGCAGGUGGGCAACCUGACCGGCUCUAAGGAGUGGCAGGCCUCCGGCAAGCAGCGCCACGCCGAGGGCGAGGGCGAGGCCAAGGCGGCGCAGGCCAAGGCCUAUGCUGAGGGCGCCAUCGACCAGCUCGGCGGCUACAAGGACUCCAUCGUCGGCGCCGUCACGGGCGACAAGACGAAGCAGGCCGCCGGCAACGCGCGCAACGAGGCUGGCGCCGCCAAGAAGGACGCCAACGCUCCGGCGUAA